CCAGCACAUUCCCCUCAUUGGAGAGGUAGGAAAUACCCUGGAGUUGAGCCUCUAUGCUGUGCUGGGUGCCUCCUGCCUCUUUCCCUGCUGCCCACAGCAGCCACACAGUCAGCUGUGAACCUUGCUGCGCACCUUGCUCCUCACACAGGGAACGCCAUGGAGACUUCAGCAUCCCCCUCCCAGUCUCAAGACAGAAGUCACAUCCACGGAGAAGCGGAAGACAGCGAGGCAGAGCUCCACCAGCAAGACAGGAAGGCUGGACUGCUUUUCCGAAAGCAGUAUAAAAGAGACGAGUCCUCCUCCUCCUCCUCCUCCUCUUCAUCCUCCUCCUCGUCCUCUUCUUCAUCCUCCUCCUCCUCUUCUUCAGACAGCAGUGAUGAGGAUGAGCACCCCAGAGUUCCUGGACAAUGUGGAUGGAGCCCGGGCAGAGGACAACCCCACAGGUGCAGCCCAUGCGAGGCUGAGCAAGGGACUACCUGCAUGGCAGAGGACGCGUUGCAGCUCUAUGCAGAUGGCUCAAGAGAGGUGGUACCAUCUGGGGAAGCAGGACUCCAACAGAGAGACAUAGGCUCCACAGAAGGAGAUGUGGAUGGCUCGCAGCUAAGCAGGCUGAACAUAAAGAAGGACGAUGAGUUCUUCCACUUUGUGCUGCUGUGCUUCGGGAUCGGGGCCUUGCUGGUGAGCUACCACUACUAUGCAGAUUGGUUCAUGUCGCUGGGCGUCGGCCUGCUCACCUUCGCCUCGCUGGAGACUGUGGGCAUUUACUUCGGUCUGGUGUACCGAAUCCACAGCGUGCUGCGCGGCUUCCUCCCGCUCUUCCAGAAGAUCAGGCAAUUGGGGUUCAGGAAGACGGACUGAGGCCUCUUUUGGGUGGCAGCUAUACCACCCAGGGUUUGAUCACCGCCUCCCAGAGGCCACAAGGACUGUGACAUUUGGAUGACAUGGGGGAGGCUGAGCCAAGCAAUAAAGAGUGCUCCUUCCCCUU